UCCAAUCUAUACCCACAAUCUUCCACAUGUGCUUCGCCCAAUGCCCAUUGUGCAUGCUGAAUCUUUCCUGCUGCUUCAGGAUUUUGUUGUUCGAAUAAGCGGAUGUAUCGCUGCGAUUCAGCAGAGGCACGUCUUCCUCUCAAAUAGCCUCCCUCAGGCGAAUGGACUAUCCAAUUUUCAGUCAGGAAACAGCGACGCAUAGUUGUAAGAGCCAAACCAGCAAUUGUUGAUGCGGCUAGAAAAGGGUCCAACUUUUGCGCGUGCUGGCCAAUAAGAUGCCGAAAUCGAAGAACUCCUUCACGGAGAAUAGCAACAUCAUUAGCACAAUAUAGAAUAAGUUGUUCACGAAGCUGGAAAUUAGUUGACUGAUCGCUCAUUUGUUGUUGAUACCACUCUAAAAGCGAUUCUCU